AUGGCGACUGCGCGGGGGGGGGGAGCGCGGGGAGAGGCAGCCCCGGGCAUCGGCACCUAUUCGCCACGGGACGUUCGUCACCGCAGAUUCAACACCGCAGAUUCGCCACGGCAGAUUCAACACCGUAGAUUCAACACCGCAGAUUCGCCACCGCAGAUUCGUCACCGCAGAUUCGCCACGGGACGUUCAACACCGCAGAUUCAACACCGCAGAUUCGCCACCGCAGAUUCGCCACGGCAGAUUCAACACCGCAGAUUCAACACCGCAGAUUCGCCACGGCAGAUUCAACACCGCAGAUUCAACACCGCAGAUUCGCCGCCGCAGAUUCAACACCGCAGAUUCGCCACCGCAGAUUCAACACCACAGAUUCAACACCGCAGAUUCAACCCCACAGAUUCGCCACCGCAGAUUCGCCGCCGCAGAUUCAACACCGCAGAUUCGCCGCCGCAGAUUCGUCACCGCAGAUUCGCCACGGCAGAUUCAACACCGCAGAUUCAACACCGCAGAUUCAACACCGCAGAUUCGCCACCGCAGAUUCGCCACCGCAGAUUCGCCACCGCAGAUUCGCCGCCGCAGAUUCGCCACCCUCGGUCCCGUGUCGAAUCUGCGGGCGCGGCGGGCGCGGGGCGCUGGGCGCGGAGCGGCUCCGCCAUGGAGCAGGCCCCGGGGCAGGCCCCGGAGCCCCGCGGAGCCCAGGCCGAGGACGGGCGGCUCCGGGCCGGGGCCAAGCGCGUCACGUUCCCGUCGGACGAGGACAUCGUGUCCGGGGCCGUGGAGCCCAAGGACCCCUGGAGGCACGCCCAGAACGUGACGGUGGAGGAAAUCCUGAGUGCCUACAAGCAGGCCUGCCAGAAGCUCAACUGCAAGCAGAUCCCCAAGCUCCUGAAGCAGAUCCAGGAGUUCAAGGAGCUGGCUCCCAGGAUAGACUGCUUGGAUCUCAAAGGGGAGAAGCUGGAUUACAAGGCCUGCGAGGCGCUGGAGGAGAUCUUCAAGCGGGUCCAGUUCAAGAUCGUGGACCUGGAGCAGACGAGCCUGGAUGAGGACGGAGCCUCGGCGCUGUUUGACAUGAUCGAGUACUACGAGUCGGCCACGCACCUCAACAUCUCCUUCAACAAGCACAUCGGCACCCGCGGCUGGCAGGCGGCCGCGCACAUGAUGCGCAAGACCAACUGCCUGCAGUACCUGGAUGCCCGGAACACGCCGCUCCUGGACCACGCGGCCCCGUUCGUGGCGCGGGCGCUGCGCAUCAGCAGCAGCCUCGUGGUGCUGCACCUGGAGAACGCGUCCCUGUCCGGCCGCCCGCUGCUGCUGCUGG